GCCUCUCGGCGGGAUAAGACACAUCAUUUGUCUGCUCUCGUUCUGACACCGCGUAAUUGUACACGAAAAUUGUGUUGUGCUUUUAGUAAGUAGAUUUAGUGUCGAUGGCUGUUGCGAUAUUUAAAACGUUACUAUGUAUAUCAUGUUCCGUUUUCCACCUACGCGCUGACAUUAAACGGUGGAUGUUAUAAUCUACGAUAUAACCUAAACUUCUACAAUAAAUAGACAAUGUGCGUAUAAAGUGUUUGUUAAGCAAGAGUCCAUAAGUGAUAGUGUGUGAAAAAAAAUGUGUCCGUGUGAUCGGACAGGACACUGACCCGUGCGAAGUUUGGUUACCGGGGACGCGUCUGUCAGGUGGCAAUGACGCGGGUAGCGGGUGUGCCCCCGCGCUUAUCAGGAGAUAAGGCGGUGGCUGAUAAGAUCGGCCUAGUGGCAAACGUAGGCAAGUCUUCACCGUGACCAGGCUGCUUGCUAGACAGCGGCCGCCGCCCGUCAUGCUUCAUUCGCUCAACGCACUCGCCGGCAAGAUAUCGCCGGGCGGCGGCCUCGACAACAACGCAAACAAACACACGCAUCCGAACAGGAACCACAAGGCGUAUGCGCCGUCAUCACCCUACUCCAAAACUAAUGGGAUAAAUAAUAUGAAUAUAAAUAAUAACAACAACUGUACGAGUAUCAAUAACAACAACAAUGACGAGACAUCGGAGAUGCCGGACCCUGACUAUAUUAAGAUGUUCGUUGGGCAAGUACCUCGAAGUAUGGACGAAAAUGACUUACGGCUGAUGUUUGAGGAGUUUGGUCGGGUGCAUCAGAUUAACGUGCUGAGGGAUAAGAUCACUGGUGCUAGUAAAGGAUGCUGUUUUGUGACGUUUUUCACGCGAAAAGCAGCCCUGAAAGCGCAAGACGCUUUGCACAAUAUCAAAACUUUGUCAGGGAUGCACCAUCCGAUUCAAAUGAAGCCGGCUGACAGUGAAAAUAGAAAUGAGCGCAAGUUAUUUGUGGGAAUGCUCAACAAGAAGCUAUCAGAGAAUGAUGUUAGAUCGUUGUUCGCGGGACACGGCGCUAUAGAGGAAUGUACAGUGCUAAGGGACGCACAGGGCCAAAGCAAAGGGUGUGCAUUUGUAACAUUCGUCUCUAAACAAGCUGCAAUUGCUGCUAUUAAGACGCUUCAUCACAGCCAAACCAUGGAAGGUUGUUCAGCACCACUUGUUGUGAAAUUCGCGGAUACGCAAAAAGAAAAAGAACAAAAGAAACUGCAAGCAAUGCAGGCGAGCCUCUGGGGCCUGACGCCUGUGACGCCGACUUAUCAGCUGCCUUCUGAGGCGGCCUUAUCACCGGCAACGCAGCUGCAAUUGUUGCAGCAGUUGCAGGCGGUUGGACUGCAGCAACAGCUUCUACAAGGCCAAGGCUCAACGUUGUUACAAGGUAUUAACUACCCAGAUAUCGCUUUCAAUGGCGCAGGGCUUAGUGGCGGAGCGGUGAGUGGGGUUGGGACAAUUGGUGGAUCGGACCAACUCAGUGGGCUUCUAGCGCCGGUGUCUGUUCAGAACUUAGCUGCGCUAGCGGCCAUUACGCAGCCCCCGGUCGUGACGCAAGCGGCGCCUAUGGCCCCCGCUACGGCCCAACAGCCUCCAGCGCCACAACUAUGUCUUCUCGGAAAGACUAACAUCACAGGGUCAACAGCUGAACCUCUAAGCUCUGCGUACGCGGCACAGUUUGGUACUUUCGCUGCAGCGCCCUUGGGGUCUGUGCUUGGUACCGCCGCUGCUGCAGCUGCUGGGAAGCAGGUUGAAGGCCCGGAGGGCGGCAACCUGUUCAUCUACCACCUGCCGCAGGAGUUCACGGACACGGACCUCGCGUCCACCUUCCUGCCCUUCGGCCACGUGAUAUCCGCCAAAGUGUUCAUAGACAAACAGACGAACCUCUCGAAGUGUUUCGGUUUCGUCUCGUACGACAACGCCGCGUCGGCGCAGGCCGCGAUACAGGCCAUGAACGGAUUCCAAAUCGGUACAAAGAGACUCAAAGUUCAAUUGAAACGUUCGAAAGAGCUCUCGAGACCGUACUAGAUGAACGGUGGCGAGUGAGUUGUGAACGAAAUGGUUGUUUGACAUUUGUUGUGAUGUAUCCGGUGCACUCGAACGGCUAGCUGUAAGGAAAUGAGUCCAUGUGCACAGUUGUUAACUAAUAAGUGUAAGCUUAAGGUUUGUGUCGAUGCUGAGUGUUAACUGGAAAUAACUAAUACUAAGCGAGAACGUGCAGUAUUCACAUUUUUUGUCCCAAAUUUGAUAACACUAAAUUGCCGACUCUUUAUCGAUCACAACUCACGCUUAGUAUUUUUUAAUGUUGACCUCAGCAAAAAAAUUAUCGUUUCCAAAGUAUUCCCCAAAAUCAUUUAUAGCUAUCGUGUUAUUUUAUUAUUAAAUUUUAAGUCAUAUUCUAUUUAGUUGCGUUCUAAAACCAAUAAACGAAGACGCCAAAGAGCUGAGAUAACUUCUUUUCAACGAGUGUCAUAUUUUUAAUUUAAGUUUUAGUCCAAAGAGCCGCACUACCGUUUUGGUACUGAGGCCAAUGUUCGGCAAUUUGUAGCGGCCUAUUUUCAAUCAAAAGAGAACAGGCCGUUCUAAGUUAACGAACUUGGGCAUGAAGUAAUUAUAGUUAUUAUUUACUACUUGUUACUACGAAUAAAUAAAUAUGUUAUUUUCAAAUAUACCUGUAUUUGUUACCAACAAAUGUGGCCAUUUUUUAAAGCAGACUUUUAGAGUUCUUUGAUUUCAAAAUAAGGUUUUAGGUUAAUAAGAUGAUCUCAAAGUGAUCAAUGUGUUUAUUGUUUACCUUGUUGUCUGUCGUAGUGUACUUAACAUGUGUUUUAACAAAGCUUCGAUUCGUAGAACUAUAAAAGGCGUAUUCCGAGACGUAUAUGGAACCGAAUCUAGUUUAAAAACUUGUCAAAUGAUUGUUUAUCUACUAAGUUUGAGGUUUAGGAAUACGGGUUAUAAUUUCUGUAAAAGAAAUUCUAGACAGAUGAACUUUUUAUCGCAAAUGACCACACCUCGGAACAUCGAACGCUGAUAUAGUCAAAAUGUCUUAGUAUUUAAGUAUUUAAUAUCUUAUACUAAGUUUGUGUAAGUUUCACUUUCUUUCAACUUCUAUUCGUUUAGCGACGACCACUUAGCACAUAUGCUCAAUUCUGCUUUUACUAUGUUUAGUAUGUUUAAAAAAAUGUAUAUAUAUAUAUAUAUGGCACUUACGUGGGACUUUACACCAUAUUUGAUUAGAUGUUUCUUGUUAAAAUUAAGUGUUCGUAUAAUUUUCUUAUAAAAGUUAUUUAGAAAAUUAAAUUAAAAACAUAUUUUAAUACUACUUAGAUUUGUGCCAAUUGUAAACGUUAAUUUCGGCAAAUUGAGAGUUGCAGUUAUUCUAACUGGUUAAUAACGAAACUAUUUUGAGGAUAGCGCCAUCUACCGUUUGCGUGAUUUUUAUAUUACAAUUGUUUGACAACGAGUUUUACGAUCGGUAUUGCUAUGAUGUGACAUACUACUGAAAAAAAUCAUGUUAUUUACAAUUUAUUCUGGCUUUUACUGUACUUAUAUUUAGCAAAUUAUAUUGUAUAACUUUAUUUAUAGUCUUAAGUUGCGGCCCCACUAGAGCCCUUAGAUAGCGAUGCAGGUACUGAUGAUCAUGGAGCACCUAAGUGGAGCCGUAGCAAUUGUUAAUUUUAGUCUGGUCUCGGUGUCUGAACAAAACAAUACCAAUAUUUAGACUGAAUAAGUUCCCUUUUCUUUAUUCAUAUCAAACAUAUUAUCAAAACUAACAUUUAAUUUAAUUUAUUGAAACGGGUCGUUCUGCGAAACAGCAUUCUUCGCAUAUUGUUUUAGGAAAUAGACAAACUACUUUGUAGAUGACGGUGUAAAAUUUGAAAGAUACUAUAUGAAUUUGUUCAGUGAUCGGCUUGAGUUUUUAAAUUAUUUCUUUAUAAAUAAAAGUCGGCUACUGGCCACAUUGUGAAUAGACUAUGUUCGUUCUUCACCGACUUUUUACGUUUUGGAGAUAACUCUCCAAACUUGAUUCUUAUGGAUUAAACUGAUGAGUAAGAGGAAAACGACGCGUCAAAAACUCGGUGAAUUUGAAGCGUAAGCUAGAUAAUGAAAUGUAUAAAUUUUAACUUAACUAUAGUUAGGUGUCUCUGGUGAGAAUCCAUUGUUGUUGUACUUUGUAAAAUCGAUAAAACUGUUAGAUUUGUACAGAAAAAAAAACAUUGAUUAGGUACAAGGCUUUUCAGGCUCGACCGCUACGGCGUUGAUGUUUUUUCAUGUUAUAAUUAAGUUACCUUACCUAUGGUACUGCAUUUUCGAUAGUGUUCAUUCAAUUACAAUUUUUGAUUAAAUUUCAAUCGUAAUGUUAUCUUUUAAAUGUUUCAUUAAAUUACAAAAGAUUUAUUUCUACGGUGGCAAAUGUCUAAAGGUAGUGAGAUUUAAGGGGGAUUAAGUAACACUUACGUUACGUUAUUCGAUAUUCAACUACUGAAGUUAUUGACAAAUCUCCACGGGUCUUUAUGAAUUAAGAAUUUUCGAUUACUUUAAGCAUUGUACACUUUUGUUAGAAUACAGUUUUUUAAUAUUAAAAAUACAAUAUGGCGUCACGGUCAAACAAAGUCAUAUCGCUAAUGCCGAAGUAAAUAUAUUUUUCCUUAAUGUAAGGCACCUAUAUCCUAUCCCAUGUACAAUCGAUGUAAAAAAAGAACUGUUUUAUACAACACCCGUUUUGUUGAUAUAAAUGUAAAUAAAUGUCAAGUUAAA